AUGCCGCCAGUACUUCGUACGAGUGCUCUUCAGUCGGCUGACCUUGCUGGCAAACCGCCCAACGACGCCGCCGCCUCAAACGAGACCCUUGCGACUGCUCCUCCCUCUCCUCCACCCUCUUCUCCGCCAACCGUUUCGAACAGGCGCAGCCAUGGCUGGUGUGGAACAUGUUUCAGGGCUCCAGGCCUACGGAGGCGGAAGAAGCUGAAGGGGGAGGUUGACGCAGGCGACGAUGCGCAGACGCUCGCGGAAGAGACAGUCUUGAGGCGAGAUGCUGAGCGAGUGAAGGAGGGUAUCUUGCACGAGGACGGUCAGAGAGGUCUCCUCAGCGCCCUGACGAAGCGAAGGCGGAAAAGGCCGGAACGGAUAGAGCAGCCUCGACUAUUGGACUCGCUCGGAAUCGCGCGCUGUAGCUGGAUGACCGCUCUGCCCGGCUCUGUCAUGCUCGACGAGCUGUACAUCCCGGGCUCGCACGAAACCCUCGCCCUGCACUAUCCCCUCCUCUCCUCCCUCUGCCAAACCCUCCCACUCGCCUCUCAACUCUCCUUCGGCAUCCGCUUCCUCGACCUCCGCUUCAACCUCACCGACAAGGGCGAGUUGUGGGCGUAUCAUGGACUUGUGCCUCAGCGAAGGAGGGCAGAGGAGGUGUUUGAGGAGAUUUACGAGUGGUUGGAGAGUGCGGAGGGGAGAGGGGAGACGGUGAUUAUCAGCGUCAAGCAGGAAAACGAUACCCCUCCCGAAGUCUUCGCCUCGACCCUCCUCUCCCUCAUUCAGUCAACCGCACCUCUCCCCUCCUCGCCUUCGAAUCGCACGCCCGCCUCCUUCUGGUACACCAAGAAUGAGUGGCCACGACUGGGCGACGUGAGAGGAAAGGCUGUCUUGUUCUGCAGGUUUGCGUGGAGGGGAUACGGCCUGCAUCCGGUGAGCUGGCCGAACGAUCAGCAUGUCGCCUGGACGACCGAUAUCGGCGGCCGCGAAUCGCUCGUGCAAGACUGGUACGGCGUCCGCACCCCCCUCUCACUCCCACUCAAAGCCUCCCUCUGCCUCUCGCUCUUCGAUGCGCCCUCCUCCUCGCUCCUCCCCUCCUCUCCCUCCUCUCCCUCUCCCACCGGCCCGCGGUUCCCUCACAGAAUCUCCUUCCUGUCCUGCGCGACCUUCCCAACCCUCUACCCCUCCACCGCCGCGAAAGGAUGGGGCUUGGCACUCCGAUGGCCCUGGUCUGCUCGUCGACGCGGUGGGGCGAAGUUAGGGUGGAAAGGGGUGAAUGAGCUUGUGCUGGACGGGUUGGAGCGGUUGGAUGAGCGGGAGGAGGAGAAGGGGAGGGGAAGGAGGAGAGAGGAGGGACAGGGAGGGAUGUGCGUGUUGAUUGAUUUUGUGGAGUUCCCGCCGGAUGUGAGGGAGGGAGGGGAGGAGAGGAGGGGGGAGCUGGUGGAGAGGGUUAUCGAGUGCAACUUUCGUUGA